AUGGCUUCCAACGACGUGAUGGACGCGCUCCUCCCGUCCUCCAACGGCGCCAACGCAUCCUCCUCGUCCUCCUCCUCCGGCUCGGGCUCGGGCAACGCCGACCUCGGUGGACCCAGCACUCCACGCAAUCCGGCCAACGCCUCGCCGCCCUCGUCCGUGCUCAAGUCGGCCAUGAAGCCGGGCAAGGACCGCAAGCGGUUGCCGCCGCCCGAGCAGUACCAGCAUCCCGAUCCGCUGCUGCGUCGUCUGCGUCUCGUAGACGCCUACGGCGUGCCCGUCGAUCUGCGCAAGACCUUCCGCGACACCAAGGUCGUCGGCUUCUACUUUGCAUCCCAGUGGGCCGGUCAGCCGCUCAAAGAGUACCACCAGGCCAUCGCCGACUUUUGCCGCAAGCAUCCGCACGAGUUCACCGCGGUCUACGUGAGCGUCGACGUCGACGAGCAGUGGUACAAGGCGGGCGUCAAGGACAAGCCGUGGAUCUCGAUGGUCUGGAACGACGGCUCCAGCAUGCCCGCCGAGCGUGCCGAUCGUACCGCCGCACCCACCUCGCCCGACGGCGACCUGGACGAGCUGCCACGCCUGUACAACAACGAGGACUUUUUGCUUGCAAACGAGCAGGACAUCGACGAGAGCCUCUCGCACACGGACAAGUCGGGCGAGGCCUACCUGCGCCCCUUUUCAAGAGUGCAUCUGGCGGCCAAGCUCAACAUCAUUGCAGCACCCACGCUCUGCAUCUACCACCUCGAGUCCGGCAAGAUGCUCGAGUGGAACGUGCGCAUGGCCAGGCUCAGCUCGGGCCGUGCCGACGAGACGUGGCAGAGGUGGAAGAAUGCAGAGCGCGCAGCUUCCUUUGGACUGCAGGAUGCGUUUGCAGUCGCGCCCUAUACCUUCCUCGCCGGCCUCCUGGCGCUCGUCUACUUUUUCAUCGUCAAGUUCGCGGGCGAGGACUACAAUGUGCUGCGCAAAACCCUUCAUUCGCUACUCCAAGGCUCGCCCGGUAGCGCUCACAAGAUCGCACAGCACGCGAACGAGUUGUAG